CAGCAACCUUUCUUUGGGCCUUUUCCCUGGCAGAGCGACCACAUCAAGGCAAUAACUAGUCAAAAUGCCGAUGUCUUGUCUCAAACUAUACCGCAUCUCCCCUCCCAGCCUUCACCGGUCUCCCUCGGUGUCCAUAAAAACUUAAUUUCCCGGGCGUUCAGCUACUACGCCACAACACAUAUUUCGUACAUGUGUUUUCUUCACCUGACCUCCCCGUUUCAGUAUCUUCAAUCUCAUCCGGAGGAUUACCCCGCCCGAUUGUCUUUCUUUGUUCGGCAUGUCUUUGCGAGUGUUAGGUAAGGUUGAGGUGUGUGAUUACUUGGCUAUUAUUCUGCCGCGCUUUUUCCUCGGAACUAUUCCUGAUAUUAUUUUUCGAUUCGGGGCAUCAGUUCGUUCUAGAGGGCCUCUCUCCUAUCGCUCGUUUCCUAACCUACAAGAUAUCUAUCUUAUUGUACCCUGUGUCUUAAUAGCCUACACGUCUCCUCUCUCUCCCGUCUCCUUCCCGUCCAUGAGCAAUGUCGUCAUGCUACAUCACUGUGCAUCAUUGGGCAUUGGGCGGCAGCAUUGGGAUCCGGAUAUUAAAAGUUGUUUGUAUGCCUUACUUAUACUUCCUUUUUCUGUUUCUAUUUUGAUUUUUUCUGUUAUUGUGCAUGCAUACAUCAUGUUGGAUGGCUGUUGACAGGCACCUUGGGUCAAGCUGUAAACCUGGAUAGUUCUGUAGGAUUCUGCCAAUACUAACAGCGAUGGCAGGGGUAUAUUAGCACGUAUCU